UAAUUCCCCCCACAAGAACCUAAAACAAUAUUUCAUUCUCUCUUCUUCCUACAAAAGUUAACAAAAAACCCCUCGUCCACACCCAUAUUCAACCAAAAAAACCCACAAAAGAAACAAAAGUACGUACCAUUUCUCAAACAUUUGCAUGAAAAUGGUGGUUCUACCAAUAAAGAGAGAAAGAGAAAGUGAUCUUGAUACCAUUACAACCAUGGCUAAUUACUUGAUGCUUCUCUCUCGCCAAGCAAAUCAUUUUGACACAUUGAACAACUCUCCUAAUCGAGUUUUCGAGUGUAAAACUUGCAAUAGACAAUUUUCUUCAUUCCAAGCUCUUGGUGGUCAUAGGGCAAGUCAUAAGAAGCCAAGAUUAAUGGGAGAAUUGAACUUUCAUCAGUUGUCAACUUCUCCUCCUAAACCAAAAACACAUGAGUGUUCAAUAUGUGGGCUUGAAUUUCCUAUUGGUCAAGCUUUAGGUGGGCAUAUGAGAAGGCAUAGGGCUAUGUUGAAUGAAAAUAAUAUUCAAGUUUCUCAUGUUGUAAAGAAAUCAAAUAGUCCGAGAGUUUUAUGUUUGGAUUUGAACUUGACCCCUUUGGAGAAUGAUUUAGAGUUCAAGUUGGGGAAAUCAUCUCCUGUAGUUGAUUGCUUCUUGUGAUUAUAAUCACUAGUCUAAAGUUCAUGUUAUAAACGAAGGGGAGCCUCGGAGCAAGGGUAAAGUUGUCUCAAUAUGACCCGUAGGUCAUUGGUUCGAGCCACGGAAGCAGCCACUAAUGUUGCAUUAGGUUAGGCCGUCUACAUCACACCUCUUAGGGUGUGGCCGUUCCUCGGGCCUUGCUUGGACACGCGAUGCCUUGUUCAUCGGGCUGCCUUUUUUGUUUUAUUUUUUGUUGUAUACACUAUCAGUGUAGCAUAAACUCUAAAUCAUAUGUAAACAAUUACAUGGUAGGUUUUUAAUUAGUUUUCUUUCUAUUUUCUUGUUAUAGAUCUUGCUCUAGAUAAGGAUUUAUUUAUUCGUUUAUACGAGGGAUUUAGGAGUCUCUAAUCUUGUGGAUUUCGUUUUAUAGAUGGAUUAUUUAAGAUUGUAAAAAGGUUAACUGUAUGUGAUUAUUCAUACAUAAGCCUGGAUGUAAUAUAUAUAUAUAAUAUAUGAUUUAUAUAGUGUUAUAUAUACUUGAUUAUUGUGUU